CCAGCCUCUCGACCGCGGACAUCACUAACAAUCGCUGUGAUACUGUCCGGCUCAUCUCCAUCAGCUGCCUGUUGCACACAAUCACUCACGCCACACCGUCACAAUGUCUACACUCGAAGAUCUCGACGAUCUCGAGCGCCACGAGAAGGAGGAGAGAAAGGACGACGACAACAAGGACGGGGACAAGGGCGGAAAGAAGGCCGAUGGCGACGCGGACAUGAAGGAUGCGGAGCCCGAGGAGGAGCAGCUCGACGAGGAGAUUCUCAACUCAAGCACACGAGACAUCAUCGCGCGGAGGCGGUUACUGGAGAACGACAUGCGCAUCAUGAAGAGCGAGUUCCAGCGGCUCACACACGAGAAGGCGUCGAUGAACGAGAAGAUCAAGGACAACUUGGACAAGAUUGAGAACAACAGGCAACUGCCCUAUCUCGUCGGAAACGUGGUCGAAAUCCUCGACCUGGACGUGACGGCCGAGGCGGCUGAGGAAGGGGCAAACAUCGACCUGGACGCCACCCGCGUCGGCAAGUCGGCCGUCAUCAAGACGUCGACGCGGCAGACGAUAUUCCUGCCCCUCAUCGGGCUGGUGGACCACGAGAAGCUCAAGCCCGGCGACCUGAUUGGUGUGAAUAAGGAUUCAUACCUGGUCCUGGACACACUGCCUGCAGAGUACGACAGCAGAGUCAAGGCCAUGGAGGUUGAUGAGAAGCCGACGGAGAAAUACACCGACGUCGGAGGUCUGGACAAGCAGAUUGAGGAGCUCGUAGAGGCAGUGGUCUGGCCGAUGAAGGAGGCUGAGCGGUUCAAGAAGAUUGGCAUCAAGGCUCCAAAGGGUGCAUUGAUGUACGGCCCGCCGGGUACAGGAAAGACGCUUCUGGCACGAGCCUGCGCGGCGCAAACCGACGCCACGUUCCUCAAGCUUGCCGGCCCGCAGCUCGUGCAGAUGUUCAUUGGUGACGGUGCAAAGCUGGUGCGUGACUGCUUUGCUCUCGCAAAAGAAAAGGCGCCUUCAAUCAUCUUCAUCGACGAGUUGGACGCGGUCGGCACCAAGCGGUUCGAUUCGGAAAAGUCUGGAGACAGGGAGGUGCAACGAACCAUGUUGGAGCUGCUCAACCAGCUGGAUGGUUUCGCGUCGGAUGACCGUGUCAAGGUGCUGGCGGCCACUAACCGAGUCGAUGUGCUGGACCCCGCGCUGCUCCGUUCGGGACGUCUGGACAGGAAGAUCGAGUUCCCGCUGCCAAACGAGGAGGCGCGCGCACAGAUCAUGCGCAUUCAUUCAAGGAAAAUGACUGUGGAUGACGGUGUCAACUGGCAAGAGUUGGCACGCAGUACUGACGAGUUUGGUGGGGCUCAACUGAAGGCUGUGUGCGUCGAGGCUGGUAUGAUUGCGCUUCGGACGGGCCACCAAAAGAUCAGCCACGAGCACUAUGUGGACGCGAUUGCUGAAGUGCAGGCCAAGAAGAAGGACACGGUCAACUUCUAUGCCUAAGGAGAAGUUGGAUGGCGGCUUGCAUGCGUGUGCUCUCAUGCCGGCUUGUAAUAAUACUUAGACCUUGACCAGGUACCAUAGCCGAAAUGACGAUUACGAAUGAAUCGGUUAUCUCAU